UAUUAAACAAAUUACACGUAGGUAUUCGUAAUAACUUCAUAACUGAGAAAAAUGAUACAGCUAAAUCCGUAUAUGGAAACAAAACUCUCCAAUUUAAGUAUAAGGUCGUUGUGUUAUUAAAGAAUGAUCUAACAUCCGUAUAAAAGUUAAGGCCACACUAUAAUCCGCUUAUAACGUAAUUAUAAAACUAUUACUCGCCAAUUCAAAUUCUUCAUCUGAUAGUUGUGCCUAUGUUGUGUGCAUAAUAAUGGAUUGGAUCGUAAGAAAGGCGCACUUUUUAUCUUUUUGCCUGUUUAUAAUAUUAACAAAUGCACAAAUAAAUACUGAAUUAGAUGCAAUACACGCUGCAAGUGCAUCGCUUAAUGAUUUUGCAGUAAAACUUCUCUUGCAAAGUGUAGAUUAUUUGGGUGAAAAUUUUAAUAUAGCUUUAGCGCCAUAUCCAGUGUGGUCUCUAUUAACGAUUUUAGCCGAGGGGGCUAGAGAUGAAACGGAAAGACAGUUAGAAGAAACAUUAAGUAUUCCAUCUGGAAAAGAUAGGGCCCAAUUUAGGAAAAGCUUUAAAACGUUAAAAAAGUAUUUAAAGCAAAAAUCAGAUGGUAUUGAGUUAGACAUAUCAAAUUCAAUAUUUGUUACCAAAGAGCAAAAUUUAAAUAAAACGUAUCAAUUAUUAGUAAAAAAUUUCUACGAUGUCGAUGUCAUGCCUAUCGAUUUUAAAAAUUUAAUUCAAUCUCAAAAUAUAAUUAAUUCUCAUAUAGCUAAAUUGACCAACAAUAAAAUAACAAACUUGGUUACUGUAGAUGAUUUGGUCGAUGCUCAAAUACUUUUAACGAGCACUUUGUAUUUUAAAGGUCGGUGGAUGUUACCAUUUAAUAAAUCUGCCACAUUUAAAGAUAAAUUUUAUGACGAAAAGGGUAAUGAAAAAGGGGAAGUUAUGAUGAUGUAUCAAAUAGGAACAUUUCCCUUUUUCAUGUUACCUAAUAUUAAAGCUCAUGUUGUGGAAUUACCAUACGGAAAGGGAGACAGAAUGUCAAUGAUAGUCGUUCUACCCAGAAAAAAAGAAGAACUUUCAACAAUUUUAAAGAAGAUUUCUGCAAUGCCCUUUAAAGUUAUUUUAGAAGCCCUUGAAGAUGCACGACAGUAUGACGAAGAUGUAAUGAUGUAUUUACCCCGUUUUUCCAUUAUUUCGGACUUUAUUCUCAAUGCAAUAUUAUAUGAAAUGGGCAUCAAGGAUGUUUUUAACGAAAAUGUGGCAAAUUUGUUAGGUAUUUUUCCAGAAUAUCUUUAUUUAAGUCGCGUUAUUCAACAAGCUAAAAUUGAUGUUGAUGAAGAAGGCACAGAAGCAGCAGCCGCUGCAGGGGGCGUUGUCUCAUUUAAAAACACUCCACCACGAUUUUAUGCCAACAAGCCUUUUGCAUUCUUUAUUAUCGAUAAACAAACUAAAAGUAUAGUGUUUGAAGGUAAAGUUUCAAAUCCAAGUUCCAUUUGCUCCACUUGUAACGUUCCUUAAUUCAUUAUUUUAUUUUUUAACUAGGUUUUUUUUGUAAAGUGUUAUAGAAAAUAAAGAUUUAGUGUUCCUACAUUA